GAAGAGGAAGAUGAUCCUUAUAAUGAACGCAUAGAAAAAACUGGUUGCUUUGAAGAAAACGAAACACUACAACUAUGCUUUUAUGACACUAAAGAUUGGAGACAAUGUAAAGAACAAAUGAAGGCCUUUCGUGAUUGCUUUACAAAAAGU